AUGUCGAACGAGAAGAGCGGCUCCUUGGAGAUAACAGACAUCGUGAGCUAUAUUCCUGGCCACUGCAGGACGACUCGUUGAUCCUGUCCAGAAACAUGUCGAGGAUAUUCACCAUGACGGCAAAGAGAAUGGUCUCAACGUUGCCGCCGCUCUCCAUGACAGUGACAUCGAAAAGCAUCCGUCGACAGACGUAGACCACAAGCAAGUCCAACGAAUCGUUCGAAGGAUUGACCUCAGAUUAUUGCCAGUUCUCGCGACCGUCUACUCCUUCGCUCUCAUCGACCGAGUCAAUCUGCCAAAUGCUCGCAUUGCAGGAAUGGACCAAGAUUUGUCACUGUCUACUGGGAGCCGAUAUACGCUCGUCACGAUGAUUUUCUUCAUCCCGUACGUGAUUUUCCAGUUCCCAGCGAACAUCAUCAUCCGAAAGCUGGGAGCUUGUCUCUGGCUCUCGAGUCUAGUUUGCGCCUGGGGAAUCGUCUCCAUCGGCAUAGGCUUCACCCAGAGAUGGACAGAGCUUCUCGGGUGCAGAGUCUUGUUGGGCAUAUUGGAAGCUGGUUACUAUCCCGGGUGUAUCUUUCUACUGUCCUGCUGGUACCUGCGGUUCGAAGUGCAGAAACGCUUCAGUGCUUUCUAUCUCCUGGCGCUUCUCUCAUCCGGCUUUUCGAACAUCCUCGCAUAUGGACUGAGCCAGAUGGAAGGAGUUGGAGAGUUGCGAGGAUGGCGCUGGAUCUUCAUCCUGGAGGGCAUCAUCACGGUCGCUCUGGGCUUGCUCGGCUAUGUUUUUAUCAUUGACUUUCCGGACAAGUCGACCAACCCGGGACUUCUUCUACGCAAGCCAUUCUUGACGAUCGACGAGGCCAGUAUCGUACUCGAGAGAAUCGACAAGGACAGAGGAGAUGCAGUAGUUGACAAACUCACGCCGAAGAAAGUUCUCUCUUACCUGCGAGACUGGAAGGUAGGUGUGUCUGCGAUGAAGAAUUCUACUUGAAGGUUGUUGAACGAUCGCGCUCUAGAUAUGGGAAUACGCCUGGCUCUACCUCCUCAACAACACCGUCACCUACUCGUUCGGCUUCUUCCUUCCCAUCAUCCUCAAAGGAGAUAUGGGCUACUCAACCGCAAUGUCCCAAGUCCUUGCCUUCCCACCCUACGUCGCCGCCGCUCCUUGGAUGUUCCUCACUGCAUGGCUCGCAGACCAUUACCACAAGCGAGGCGUCGUCCUCAUAUUCAACUGUGCCGCCGCGGUCGUAGGAGUAGCGAUGAUGGGCUUCGCAAUCUCGAGCCCAGCAACACGCUACGCAGGCGUGUUUCUUGGGGUAUGCGGAUCCAACAGCAAUGUGCCUACAAUACUGAGCUACAUGCAUAACAACAUCGUGGGACAGAUGAAGAGAUCAGUAGCGAGUGCUCUGAUCAUCGGAGGAGGAGCGAUCGGCGGGAUUGUAGCGUCGAACAUUUUUCGACAACAAGAUGCACCCAGGUAUAUGCCCGCGAUGGCGACGGUGAUUGCUACGCAGGCCAUGAGUAUCUUGCAUGUUGUGAAGAAUUUCUAUGUGUAUGGAAGGAUGAAUAGGAUGGCCGAGAGGGAUGAGCUCGUGUUGGAGGGUCAGGAUGGUUUCAGGCAGACAUUGUAA